UCUUCGAUCGUCUCAAACUUAUCUUUAGUUGAAGUUCCUUUUUACUUUCGGGAUGAGUUUUUCUGACGGAACUUUGAUUGCAAAUAUUUAUGAUUUAAAAUUACUAAGCUUUCUGCAUCAGGAAUAUUUGAUUUUUGAUCUAUUAUUCCGUCAGAAAUUUCAUUUUUGAAACUUUGACUGUUAGUAAUUUUUUUGUUUUAUUCAUAAUAGGAUCUUCAAUUUGCAGUUGAUAAUACUUCAUUUUUUGAUGCUGCAAAUUUGAGUGACCAUAUUAAGUAAACAUGUCUUUAGUUCGAGGUAUUUGCCAAAGACUGAAAAUAUCUAUCAAACAGAAUACCAUUAAAAACGUAUCGCUUAGAUCUUUUAGCACAAAAAAUGUCAAGAAGGAGGGUGGACCACUUAAAAGCCCUGUUACAUGGAAAUCAUUGACUGUAACUGGAUUAUUAGGUGGUGGUUUUCUUACUUUUAUGCUAUACUUAAAAGGAGAAAAGGAAAAAGCUUUAGCUCAUGAAAGAAAAAAACAGUUAGGAAAAGCCAAAAUAGGUGGAAAAUUCAGUCUGAUAGAUCAUAAUGGAAAACCGGUGACAAGUGAAGACUUUCUAGGAAAAUGGCUACUUAUAUAUUUUGGAUUUACCCAUUGUCCUGACAUUUGUCCAGAAGAAAUGGAAAAAUUAUCCAAUAUUGUGCUAUUACUGGAUGAGGGUAAGGAAAUAAAUGUUCAGCCACUAUUUAUCUCAGUUGAUCCAGAAAGAGAUGAUGCUAAUGCUGUAGCCAAAUAUAUUAAAGAAUUUUCGCCCAGAAUUAUUGGCCUUACAGGAAGUAAAGAACAAGUUUCUCAAGCAUGUAAAAGUUAUAGAGUAUAUUUUAGUCAGGGUCCCAAGGAUGAAGAUGAUGACUACAUAGUUGACCAUACUAUCAUAAUAUAUCUAGUAAGUCCAGACGGUGAUUUUGUUGACUAUUAUGGUCAAAACAAAACAGCAGAAGAGGUAGUGUCUAGUGUUAAGAUAAAUGCUGCUAAAUAUGAUUUGCUUAAUUCAAAAAGUGUUUUGGCCAAUCCAUUUGGAACACGAAGCAUAUUUAGUAGUUAAAAUCAUGAAUAGAAAUUGUGAUUAAUAAAGUGUUAUGUCUAUGGUCACAGGUACUUGUUAUUCAGAAAACUGGCCCUAUUUUUAUUUGUAGAGUUAUAUGAGUGGUCUCAUAUGAAAGACUGACAUCCCUCAUUUAAAAAAAAGUUGAGAAAAAGCCAAUUUUCUGUAACAUAGCUUCAAUUUUAAUCAAUACUGAUGAUUUCCCUCCCCCCUCCAAGAUUUAACUUGAAUAGUCAUAAAUAAAAUCACCAGAAACAGUUAAAGUUGAAUCUAUUAAUAAAAAAUUGACUUUUCCUCCACUUUCUGAAAAUGACAAAUGUCCGUCUUAGAUAAGAAGCCACUCAUAUGUACUGUGAUCAUUUUAGAAGCCUUCUGCACUCCAUGAAAAAGUUUUAUAACUCACAGCUUUUAAUCUUUUUGAAGUCUAUAGAGAACUGUUGAGUUAAAACAUUCAUAUUAUGCAGGCUUGAAAGAUGAUCACAAUAUACAUAACUCAUGACAAGUAUUUGUUUUGUAACUAAUCAAGUUAUUCCCUGUGACCUAAUAUAUAUA